AAUCCCCUCGGAAUCCCCCCCGCCCGCCCAUUUCGCCGUCGCCAUCGCCAUCGGACUCUGUCUCUCCGCCGGCCGCCGCCACCGCAUUCUUCGCCCCUAAAUCCUAGCCUUGAUGCCGGACGUCUCUACGAGUAUGACCAAUCGAGCCGCGGGACACGAUGGGGUACCAUGACAUCGCGGAGAGCUCCUGGACUUCCGCCGCCGCUGCAAACCGAGGAGGCUCGUCGGGCGGCGGCUACACUGACAUCCUGAAGGAGAUCUUCGACCGUCUCAUGGCCAAGGGAAUCGAGGAGGUCGUCUCAGACCCGUCGGCCUUCCGCGAACAGCUCCACCGGCACUUUGAGCGGCUGCCGGCGAGGUCAGCGUCAUGCCAUCUCUAUCUCUUAUGCUCCCUCUCUUCUCACCUGCAUGCUUCCCUGCUUGGUACGGUUGACUUCCAUUUCUCGGCAAUUAGCAGCUACUCCAUCGACUUGGACGUCGAGAAGCCGGAGGACGUGUUGCUGCACCGCAGGAUUCUCGACGAGUGCGCCAACAACCCUGACAAACGCCCCGUCUUCCAUGUCCGCUUCUUGAGGUGCAUUCGUGCCCCAUUGGAUUCAGAAGAUAGUGGAGGCUCUCUCACUUCCACUUUGAGGAGGGACAUAGAGAUUCGCCCUAUUCAUGAAAUUAUUUUUUCUACCAUUGACAAGACAAAGCUCCUACGUGAGUUAUCUGAUUUGAUGUCUGAAGUUGGACUGAACAUUCAUGAAGCUCAUGUUUUCUCAACAACCGAUGGCUUUUGUCUUGAUGUAUUUGUUGUUGAUGGCUGGGAUACAAAGGAGACAGAUGGUUUGCUACAGGGACUCAAGGAGACAGCAGCACGCAGUCAUGUAUUCUGCUUUCUUUCUCCAUUAGUUUUGCAUGGAUAUUUAAAAUUUGCUGGUGCCUUCCUGGCCUCAUUAAUCGAACCCAACAAAUUCUGCAGCCACGGAAAAAAAUACUAGAGCUGCUAGAGAAGAUUGGUGAUUCCGGAUGUUGACAGAAGUUUACGGCAGCAGAUUAGGGAGAAGAUUGCAUCUGGAUCUUCUGGAGUCUUGUAAGAACAAAGUAACACUUUGCAACGAGUACUACGAUAUAUGAAGCCAAUUGUCUGGAGCAAUAUCAGCAACUGAACUUCCAGUGUCUAUUUCAUGCCCUUUGUAUGCAUUACAUAUUAAGGAAAUGGUUUGAUAUGGGGACAACCUGAGUCCCUGAAUAAACAUAAGCAGCUGCAUUUUAAAAAAAAAAUAUUUUGACUAUAUAUACAGGGUAAGACUUGAAGAUAGUUCAGCAAUCAAGAGGUUGUGUAUCUGUGUCUGCAGAUUCUGGGAAACUUAUCAUGGUAUGAAUGUCGCAAUAAAGUUCCUUA